GAGCCAGGGGCCGGCCAGCAGCGUGUGGAGAGCUUGCUCAGAGAAAGAGUACCAGGUGGCCAGCUUGUGACCCGGGAGACCCCAAGGUGGCAUGAAAGGUGCCUCAAAACCCUGAUCUGGGAGCCAGAGUCUUCCCUGGUCAGGCGUGAACUCUGGAGCAGCUGGGAAAACUCCAGGCUACCUACACAUUCUGGCCCAGGCUGGGACCAGCGCAGCCCCUCCUUCCUCAGUGUCCCCUCCUCCCAGAAACUCAUCAUGGAGAGUAAGGAUGAGGUCAGUGACACCGACAGCGGCAUCAUCCUGCAGUCUGGCCCAGACAGCCCUGUCUCUCCAGUGAAAGAGCUGACCAACGCAGUGCGCAAGCAACAAAGGGCCCUGGAAUCGAGACUGGAGGCCUGCUUGGAGGAGCUUCGAAGACUCUGCUUGAGGGAGGCGGAGCUGACUGGUACUUUGCCAGCAGAGUAUCCCCUUAAGCCAGGUGAGAAGGCCCCCAAGGUCCGGCGCAGGAUUGGAGCAGCGUACAAGCUGGAUGAGUGGGCCCUACACAAAGAGGACCCCCUGAGCAGCCUGGAGCGCCAGUUGGCUUUGCAGCUUCAGAUCACCGAGGCGGCUCGCAGGCUGUGUGCAGAGGAGAACCUCAGCCGACAGGCGCGCAGACAGCGGAAGCACGCGGCGCUGCAGGAGGAGAAGAAGCUGCGGGAGCUUCAGCGCCGCCUGGGCGAUCGGCGGCGGAACAGUGAGCCCCCUCCCACCACCGUGUCCUCCCUGGGCAGAGACCUCAGUGUCUCUGAUGACAGCUCCCUGUCCGAUGGGCUACUCCUGGAGGAAGAUUCCCAAGCGCCAAAACCUCCCCCAGAGUACCCAGCGACACCACCUUCACGGCCUCACCCACCCCAGAGCCUCGAGGGCCUGCAGCCAACAGGACCUGAGUCUGGCAGCCUGGAGCGGGCCCCAAUCCAAAACAGUCCAUGGAAGGAGACCAGCCUGGACCACCCCUAUGAGAAGCCUAGGAAGUCUUCUGAGCUCAGUAGCGAGUCCAGCAGCCCCGCCACCACUCCUCAGGACCAGCCCAGCUCUUCCAGCCUGUGGCUGCCGGAUCCUGCCUCCUACCACGUGGUCCCCAUCCGAAAUGUUCCUGGACAGCGGCAGGGCCGCACCAGUGCCCCAGCCACCCCUGAGAUACAGGGCAGGAGGGGCCAGUCUCUGAGGGUGGACUCCUUCCGAGCAGGUGCGGAGGGCCGAGGUCGCAGCGCCUUUCCCCGCCGGCGCCCCACUCAUUACACGGUGACCGUGCCAGACUCCUGCUUCGCGCCCAGCAAGCCCCCGCUGCCACACCCUGCCUGCCACUCCUGCUCUGAAGACAGCGGCUCUGAUGUCUCCAGCGUCUCCCAUCCCACCUCGCCCGGCAGCAGCAGUCCAGACAUCUCCUUUCUGCGGCCCCUCUGUCCCCCUGAGCCACCUUGCCACCGUGGGGCCUGGGGCCCAGCCUGUGGCAGAGAGCUGACCACUCACUACCCUAAACUUCUGCUGCCCCCUGGGUACUUCCCAACGGGGCGCUAUGUGAUGGUGGCCGAGGGCCACCUGCCGCCGGGCGAGUGGGAGCUGUGCCAUGCAGCCCUGGGGGCUGCCUAUGACGAGGAAGGGGCACCCCUGCGCUACCAGCGGCUGGUGCCCUCCCACAGCCGCAUAGUGCGCACGCCCUCCCUGAAGGACAGUCCUGCGGGCCGGGGACUCAGCAAGGCAGCCGUCUCGGAGGAGCUCAAGUGGUGGCAUGAGCGGGCACGACUCCGGAGCAGCCGCCCCCACUCGCUCGACCGCCAAGGGGCUUUCCGUGUCAGGAGUCUGCCUCCCGGGAGGGAGAGCUUCGGGCGGGCCUCCGGAUCCCGGGCACAGGUACCUCCAGUGUGUGUACUCCGGAGGUCACCAGAUGGGGCUCCUGUGCAAGUCUUUGUGCCUGAGAAUGGAGAGAUCAUCAGCCAAGUGUAACUCCUCUGAAAGCCUCGGCAACUGCUGGAAAAGACUUUUACAUUGGAGCUGGGGUUGAGAUCCCCAGCUCCCCACCCUUAAGUGCUUCUCUCGGCUCUACUCCCCUCAUCGCAGGCCGAUGACUCUGACCUCAAACCUUUGGUUUUUUUUUUUUUUUUAAACAUGUGUUUUCCAGAAGCCCUGACCUGAGGAUUUAUAUGUGUGAUUUGUCUUCAAGGUUCCUAUAGUAUGAUUAUGUUUCAUUCCCCCGGAGUCUGGCCUUUUGGAUUUAAGGUCUUGCUGGGCUAAUCAACAUCAUUUGUCUCCUUAUGCGGGAGAAGUGGCAUAGUUAAAGGGCCCCUUGGGAUUCUCCCGACGCUCUGUGCCCUCUUUCUGAGGUAGCUGCUAGUUCUUAUUGCUGGAGGCAGGAUGUGGUAAUCUCUCAACAAGGACUCUUCCCUUGUUUUCCAGCUGCUGGGCAGGGCUCUCCUUGUGUGUCCUCCCAGCGGCAGGUGAAAGGUCAGUAUGUCCGGCUGCCGCCUUGUCUUCAUGCUACAUUCCCGACCCCACAGGUCUCUGUUAGUGGCCUGUCUCCCAUACUGUUGAGCUCCUGGACCGCUGAACCUGGAGUUGGAGGCUGCACUAGACUGUCCAGCCUGGGACCUGGGCUAGGGAGCUGGUUGGUGGGAAACACCUCACCCACCCUGUGAAUUCACCUCUGGGAAUUGUGAGGCUGGCUGUCAACUCUGCCCCCUAAAAUCUUCAUAGUCCAAAAACAGCACCUUGAAAUAUAUAUAUAUAUAUAUAUAUAUAUAUAUAUAUAUAUAUAUAUAUAUAUAUAUGCCACUUCUGUGGCAUGUUUGAGGUUUGAGGAAGUUUCUGCCCCUUGUUUUCUGUCGAGCUUCUGCUCUUGUUUGUUCACACCUGGAGCAGUUCAUCAAUGCCUCCUGACGGAUUGUUUGUAGCCAGCGUGAAUAAAUUGUCCCAGGUCCCGAGACUAGGCAGGCCAGGAAGCUGCCUGUACGCAGACCACUGGCACACACACGUUUUUGAGCCUUAGGCUGCCAGGGCAGAUGCCCAGUUAGGCAUCUUGCCUAGGAGCAACUGGGAAGGGAGCAGUGUGAUUUUACAUGGCCUUCACCACCUCAGCACCUCUCCCCAGAUUGGCAGAGCACGGACACCUGUAUCUCUCCUGCUGGAGAGAAAUCAGGGUGGCCUGUUGCGCUAGGGUUGGAGGAGGGGCAGUGUCAGGAGUUUGGGGGGCUAAGGGGACUUGAGGGGAUGCACAGGGCAUUCCUGUCACUGUUUUCACCACACCCUCCAGUGGUCCCAACCUCUCCAUGUUAUGUGUGAAUUCCCUGCUUGGUUUGUCUGGCUUCUGAGCCCCCUCCCCCGUGUAGAGGUGCCCCCGUCCCAGUGUAUUCUCUGGAUCCCUAAGUGCCUUAGAUCCUACAUUGCAGAGCUGGGAGGCUUCUCAGUGCUGGUCUCUCCCCACACUGGAGCAUCCUCCACGUUAAGUUAUUGCUCUCACCUAACAGCUAUUUUCGUGUGUUGCACAGUGGCGGUGCCCUCAGCUGCAGGGCUGAGACUGUGCCAAAUACUUCAAUAAAGUCUGGUUGGCCCA